GAUCGCAUAACAAUUUGCGAAAGCAAACCACUUUUACACUUACCACGUAAUCAGUAUGCCAAAAGUUCCUCGGCCUGCGCAACCUGACGCGCGCCAUAAUCCGCUUGCUGAAGAUUAUUCUCCCGUUCAAAAGUUCAAGCAAAAGGCUCCUAAGAAGCGCAACCGACGAGACGAGAAUGGAGAGAGCGAAGUCAUUGGCACAAAAGCUUCACGUAAAAUACUGCGCAUAGGUCAGGAGCUCGCGGACGAAGAUGAAGAGGAGCGCAAAAGCAGAUACGUAACCUCGAGCAAUCCAGCAUUUUCAUUCGACUCGAGGUUUGAAGGGGACGUGCAGAGCGAGGACGAGGAUGAUCAAGCGCAAUGGGAAGAUGAAGAACCAUUUGGAGACGAUCUUGACCAGAUGAUAGAAGAAGAAGUGGAUGUAAAGGAUCUAGAAGCAUUUAAUCGUUUCAAUCCACCGACACUUGACGACUCGAUAAUACGUGGCUUGGGAGGAGACAAUGACGGAACUUCAGCAAAAGAGGGAAAUAUUCAGGGCGCAGGAGGCAGCAGAAAUCUGGCAGAUAUAAUUCUCGCCAAGAUUGAAGAAUUCGAAGCAAACGGAGGCAAACCCUCGGCCGAUCUUGACGGGCCUGCUUUUAUGGAAGACGACGAAGUAGAACUGCCGCCAAUGGCUGUCGAUGUGUACACUCAAGUCGGCCUCAUCCUCUCGCGCUAUAAGUCAGGCAAGCUUCCUAAGCCUUUCAAGCUCCUUCCCUCUCUUCCGCCUUCGAUGCUGGCCCAUAUCAUUCCUCUGACACGGCCCGAGACCUGGACGCCCAAUGCUAUAUAUCAGGCCACGCGCCUCUUUGUGUCCUCGAAAUCUGCCGUCUCACAGGGCUUUCUUGGCGGUGUUCUUCUUGACCGUGUACGCGACGAUAUAAAUGAGAACAAGAAGCUGAACGUUCAUCUGUACAAUGCGCUGAAAAAGGCGUUGUACAAGCCGAAGGAGUUCUUCCGGGGUUUCCUGUUCCCGCUCGUUGAGGAUAAUUGCACAUUGAGAGAAGCACACAUCGUGGCUUCGGUGCUGGCGCGUGUGUCAGUGCCAGUCCUGCACUCGGCAUAUGCCCUUGCGCGCCUGUGCGAAAUAGCGGCCGAGCAGAUGACGGUACACACAGAAGCUGGCGGUGCUACAAAUAUAUUUAUAAAAACGCUCCUCGAGAAGCGAUACGCUCUGCCGUAUCAGACCGUGGACGCCUUGGUUUUCCAUUUUCUGCGCUUCAAGAUGCCAGCUCCAGGUCAAAUGGACGUGAGCGAUACAAGCAGCAUUGAAGGCAGGCUACCGGUAAUAUGGCAUCAGUGCCUGCUGGCUUUCGCACAGAGAUACAGGGACGAAAUCACAGAAGACCAGAGAGAAGCAUUGCUUGAUUUGCUUCUUGUGAGGGGUCAUAAGGACAUUGGGCCGGAAGUGAGAAGAGAGCUAAUCAAGGGAAGAGGCAGAGGCGUUGUCCUUGAACAGCAGGACAACAGCAAAGCGGAUGUAAAUGGAGGAGACGAUACCAUGAUGGAUUAAAGGAUACGGAUAGACUGAAUAGAGCGAGGAUCGAUGAUAACCUUUUUCACCCUCGCAUGGGGCUUGACGUCGACAAUUCUAUUGCUAUUUCAGUGCUAAUGCCUGACAACGUGUAGGAAAUGUUCCGCCAACGCCACGCUAAAAUGAUAAUGCCAGAAACAAUCCACUGGAAAAAAAAUACUAUCCCGGAAA